AUGUUCAACAAUCGACCGCUAUUCCCUGGCAAACAUUACAUUGAUCAAUUAAAUCUCAUACUUUGUGCACUCGGCUCACCAUCACACGAUGAUUUGCAGUUCAUUUUUAAUAUGAAGGCACGUGCGUUUUUGGCGAGGUUACCGCAAAGGCCGAAGCAGCCGUGGUCAACGCUCUAUCCAGAGGCAGAUGCACAUGCGUUGGAUCUUCUGGACAAACUGCUCACGUUCAAUCCCCAGAAAAGGAUUGACAUCGAUCAAGCUCUCGCUCAUCCAUACUUUGUGCAGUACCACGACCCUACUGAUGAGCCGAUUUGCGAAGAUCCCUUUACAUAUGAGAUGGAGCUCGACGAUUUGCCAAAGGAGAAGCUGAAGGAGCUUAUCUGGCAUGAAACUGAACUGUAUCACAUUCGUAUGCAAGACGAAGCUGCUGAGGAUGCUGCAGAAGAACCCGUCGUCUUAAUGGCCACCUCCUAG